UGGUUGUGGGCGUGGUUUCUGUACGGCGUCCUUCCGCACAAAACGUCCCCCUGCAACUGGAAAAAUGGCGAACCUUCUCCGACUGCCGCUCCGACUCGCUUCUACGAGCGUUAGGGGAACAACAGCUCGUCACCCCGUCUCGAAAGCGUCAGCCAUAUCCAGGGCGGGUCAAAGUAGAACCGUUGUGUCUACAUCGUCUGGAGGAAUUCUCCCAAAACCAGACAAAACACCCUUUGGUUUAAUCCGCAUGACGGCCGUGGUGGUGCCUUUUCUUUAUGUGGGAACUCUGAUCAGCAAGAACUUUGCCGCUCUCUUGGAAGAGCACGACAUCUUUGUCCCUGAAGAUGACGACGACGACGACUGAAUUAAGCUUGUCGUAUAACAAGAGUUUGGACUGAAAGAAAACCAGCCAGCACAAAGAAUAUGGAGUAUUGAUGACUUCCAAGUACAUCCUCUACCUCCAACCUACUUAUUUCCUUCAAAGUCCAACCUAGAUCUUGUCAUGAAUAAAUGUGAGGAUGUGAAAGAUACCUGCUACACCUUCACUCCUGUUGUGCCAUCUAAAUAAACAGUUAUAUGUGGAAAA